UUGUUUUCUAGGUUUGAUCGCAGAGCAGUAAAUCUGACACGAAUGAGAACAAAAUGUUACGCCGUUGUCGGUGCGUCGUUAUCGAUAACACGUCGCGUCGCACGUGUUAUUUCGCCUGUCGAUACAACAGUCGGUGCUCGCCGGAGUCACGCGACUCGGCUUGCACGCCCCGCCACAGUCGUGGAUAACCUCGGCCAGAGCCCCCUACCGGUGAAGAGGCUGCACGAAGCGCUUCAGAGUGCGCAAGUGAAGCGACAGCGGCUCUCCCCUCCGUAUCCCGCUCCCCCCCGGCUCCCUUCAUCCGAUACAUCAGCUCGCUGUGCACCAGCACAUCAAAGUGCAGCAAAGCAUUGUGCAACAGAGCAUCGUGCAGCAGCACCAGUUGACUCUGGCUCACCAGUCGCUACAGAGUCUGCAGGCGCAACAGAGCCUCCAAGCAGCGCAGAGUCUGCAGGCUGCCCAGGGACUGCAGUCAGGUCAAGCGCUGCAAGCGGCUCAGAGCCCCACGGCUACGGGCAGCGCGGGCACCCAGCAGGCGUCAGGAGCGACACAAGGCGCCCUGGUACCGACACAGCAGUCGUCUCCGCAGCCCGCUUCCCCGCAACACAAGAACAUGGAGCUCGCACUUUGUCAGAGCAUGGACUCCGUAAACACCGCUACAACUGA